AUGGCGGUGGGUCGAAGCCCCUUCUCCUCCCGCAACCAAAGGCUCUCGCUGCACAUUUCCCACAAACCCCUCCGCGCGGCCCCCGCGGGGGCCGAGGCCGUGGAGCCGGCUGCCCGCGAGCUGUUCGAGGCUUGCCGCAACGGGGACGUGGAGCGAGUGAAGAGGCUGGUGACGCCCGAGAAGGUGAACAGCCGCGACACGGCGGGCAGGAAGUCCACCCCGCUCCACUUCGCCGCAGGUUUUGGACGGAAAGAUGUGGUUGAAUAUCUGCUUCAGAAUGGUGCAAAUGUGCAAGCACGUGAUGAUGGGGGUCUUAUUCCUCUUCAUAAUGCGUGCUCUUUUGGUCACGCCGAAGUCGUCAAUCUCCUUUUGCAACAUGGUGCAGACCCAAAUGCUCGAGAUAAUUGGAAUUAUACUCCUCUCCAUGAAGCAGCUAUUAAAGGAAAAAUUGAUGUUUGCAUUGUGCUCUUACAGCAUGGAGCUGAGCCAACCAUUCGAAAUACAGAUGGAAGGACAGCAUUGGACUUAGCAGACCCAUCCGCCAAAGCUGUGCUGACCGGUGACUAUAAGAAAGAUGAACUCUUGGAAAGUGCCAGGAGUGGCAAUGAGGAAAAAAUGAUGGCUUUGCUUACACCGUUGAACGUGAACUGCCAUGCAAGUGAUGGCAGAAAGUCAACUCCAUUGCAUUUGGCAGCAGGAUACAACAGAGUAAAGAUUGUGCAACUGUUACUGCAGCAUGGAGCUGAUGUCCAUGCUAAAGACAAAGGUGAUCUGGUGCCAUUACACAAUGCCUGUUCUUACGGUCAUUAUGAAGUAACUGAACUUCUGGUCAAGCAUGGUGCCUGUGUAAAUGCAAUGGACUUGUGGCAAUUUACUCCUCUUCACGAGGCAGCUUCUAAGAACAGGGUUGAAGUGUGCUCUCUCCUCUUGAGUUAUGGGGCAGAUCCAACCUUGCUGAACUGUCAUAAUAAAAGUGCUAUAGACUUGGCUCCCACACCACAGUUGAAGGAAAGAUUGUCAUAUGAAUUCAAAGGCCACUCAUUGCUACAGGCUGCUCGGGAAGCUGAUGUUACAAGAAUCAAAAAACAUCUUUCCCUGGAAAUGGUGAAUUUCAAACAUCCUCAAACACACGAAACAGCAUUGCAUUGUGCUGCUGCAUCUCCAUAUCCCAAAAGAAAGCAAAUAUGUGAACUGCUGCUAAGAAAAGGAGCAAACACCAACGAAAAGACUAAAGAAUUCUUGACUCCUCUGCACGUGGCUUCUGAAAAAGCUCACAAUGACGUUGUGGAAGUAGUGGUGAAGCAUGAAGCAAAGGUUAAUGCUUUGGACAGUCUUGGACAGACAUCAUUGCACAGAGCUGCACACUGUGGUCAUCUGCAGACCUGCCGCCUGCUCCUGAGCUAUGGGUGUGAUCCAAACAUCAUAUCCCUUCAGGGUUUCACCGCCUUGCAGAUGGGAAAUGAAAAUGUACAGCAGCUGCUUCAAGAGGGCAUCUCACCAGGUCACUCAGAGGCAGACAGGCAGUUGCUUGAAGCUGCAAAGGCUGGUGAUGUAGAAACUGUAAAGAAACUGUGUACUGUUCAGAGUGUCAACUGUAGAGACAUAGAAGGUCGUCAGUCAACGCCACUCCAUUUUGCAGCUGGAUACAACAGAGUGUCUGUGGUGGAGUACCUGCUGCAGCAUGGAGCUGAUGUGCACGCUAAAGAUAAAGGAGGCCUUGUGCCUUUGCACAAUGCAUGCUCCUAUGGACACUAUGAAGUUGCAGAACUUCUUGUCAAGCAUGGAGCAGUAGUUAACGUAGCUGACCUGUGGAAGUUCACACCUUUACAUGAAGCUGCAGCAAAAGGAAAAUAUGAAAUAUGCAAGCUUCUGCUCCAGCAUGGUGCAGACCCUACAAAGAAAAACCGAGAUGGUAAUACUCCUCUGGAUCUUGUUAAAGAUGGAGACACAGAUAUCCAAGAUCUACUUAGAGGUGAUGCAGCUUUACUAGAUGCUGCCAAGAAGGGUUGUUUAGCCAGAGUGAAGAAACUGUCUUCACCUGAUAAUGUAAAUUGCCGUGAUACCCAGGGUCGACAUUCUACACCUUUGCAUUUGGCAGCUGGUUACAAUAAUUUGGAAGUUGCGGAGUAUUUGUUGCAACAUGGAGCUGAUGUGAAUGCCCAAGACAAAGGAGGACUCAUUCCUUUACAUAAUGCAGCAUCAUAUGGGCAUGUAGACGUAGCAGCUUUACUGAUAAAGUACAAUGCGUGUGUCAAUGCCACGGACAAAUGGGCUUUCACACCGUUACAUGAAGCAGCCCAAAAGGGACGGACACAGCUUUGUGCUUUAUUGUUGGCCCAUGGAGCUGAUCCUACUCUUAAAAAUCAAGAAGGACAAACACCUUUAGAUUUAGUUUCAGCCGAUGACGUCAGCGCUCUCUUGACUGCAGCCAUGCCUCCCUCUGCUCUGCCUUCGUGCUAUAAACCUCAAGUGCUCAAUGGUGGGAGAAGCCCGGCAGCCACCGCGGAUGCCCUGUCUUCAGGUCCAUCCAGCCCCUUGAGCCUUUCUGCGGCCAGCAGUCUUGACAACUUAUCUGGGAGUUUUUCUGAACUGUCCUCAGUGGUUAAUUCAAGUACAACCGAAGGUGCUGCCAGUUUGGAAAGAAAGGAAGAUCCAGGUGUAGAUUUUAGUAUAACUCAGUUCAUAAGGAAUCUUGGGCUGGAGCACUUAAUGGAUAUAUUUGAACGAGAACAGAUCACCUUGGAUGUGCUAGUUGAGAUGGGGCACAAGGAGCUGAAAGAGAUUGGAAUCAAUGCUUAUGGACAUCGACACAAGCUAAUUAAAGGGGUUGAAAGACUGAUCUCUGGACAACAAGGUCUUAAUCCAUAUUUAACUCUAAACAACUCUGGUAGUGGAACAAUUCUCAUUGAUCUGUCUCCUGAUGAUAAAGAAUUUCAGUCUGUGGAGGAAGAGAUGCAGAGUACUGUCCGAGAACACAGAGAUGGAGGUCAUGCAGGAGGCAUCUUCAACAGAUACAACAUUCUCAAGAUUCAGAAGGUUUGUAACAAGAAAUUGUGGGAAAGAUACACACACCGGAGAAAAGAAGUUUCUGAAGAAAACCACAACCAUGCAAAUGAAAGGAUGUUGUUUCACGGGUCUCCUUUUGUGAAUGCAAUUAUCCAUAAGGGCUUUGAUGAAAGACAUGCAUACAUAGGUGGCAUGUUUGGAGCUGGGAUUUAUUUUGCUGAAAACUCUUCCAAAAGCAAUCAGUAUGUGUAUGGAAUUGGAGGUGGCACUGGAUGUCCAAUUCACAAAGACAGAUCUUGUUACAUUUGCCACAGGCAGCUGCUCUUCUGCCGAGUGACCCUGGGAAAGUCUUUCCUGCAGUUCAGUGCAAUGAAGAUGGCACACUCUCCUCCCGGCCACCACUCGGUCACUGGCCGACCCAGCGUCAACGGCCUGGCCUUAGCUGAGUACGUGAUUUACAGAGGAGAACAGGCUUAUCCGGAAUAUUUAAUUACUUACCAGAUUGUGAGGCCUGAAGGUGUGGUCGACGGCUGAAACCGGUUCCUCCAAACCUGGCGUCCCGAAGCAGCUGUGGCCUCUUAAGUUUCACUUCUUGGCUGGAAAAAAAUGCAUCCUGACUAUAGGCCUGUGGCAAAAAUGAUAAAAAUGUGAAAGAAGCUUAACAUUCUGACUUGAUAAAGCUUUAAUAAUGUACAGUGUUUCUAAGUAUUUCCUGUUUUUCAGCACUUUAACAGAUGCCAUUCCAGGUUCAACUGGGUUUAUCUGUACUAAAUUAUAAACAGUUAACUUGAAUCUUUUAUACGUUGUGUAUCGAUUCUAACAAAAAUGGUAAUGCCCUCAACAGAACUCAUUUUACUAAUCAGUACUGUGUUCUUUAAAACACAGCAUUUACACUGAAUACAAUUUCAUUUGUAAAAUGUAAAUAAGAGCUUUUGUACUAGCCCGAUAUUUAUUUACAUUGCUUUGUACUAUAAACUGUUCUAGAGCUGCCGCGGUUUACAGAGUAUUUUCAUAUGUGUUGCUCAUCUGUGUUUCAUCUGUCAUCGCCUGAGUGAUUGCUACAUUUGAUUCCAGAGGCUGCUCGGUUGCUGGUGGAGACCUAGUGGGGAGACACUGAUUUAUCAAGUUUAAUUUGCUGAUGGAAGCAUCUCUCUCUCAUACAAGAGAUAUUUUCUCAUUUAAGAAUUUUAUGAAUUCUCUGGGAAUUUAAUUUGUGAUGCCUUUGUAUCUGCAAGGCACACAUUCCAGAGAGCUCUGGUGUGAAGUGGUGGGGAUGGUGGCUAAGGAAGCUUCUUCAAUGGCCUCAAACUCUGGUUCUUCCUUCAGAGAGCGCUCUGAUGUUCUGGGCAUGAGAGCAAGCUCCCCCAAGUUUUCAAGAGGCUCACGCCCUGGCUUCUGAACACUUAGUGCUCUGAUCAUGGAAUGUGAGUAGAAGUUAAGUUCCAGACUUGGGAGAGGCAAGCCUCGACAACUUGUCAAUUCUUAUUAUCUUCAAUCUAAAAAGGAGUAGCAAGUGGGAGUGGGGACUUUUUGUUUUAAGUUUUUCUUGAUCUUAUGGUUAUAUUUAUAGCUAAGUCUAUUUCUCAUGAAUAAACACAACCCAGAACCAUAAAUGUGGCUGUAUCCAUCUGUGGGUAGCCUCUAGAAUGGGCAAGCCCAGUGCGUCCUGCUCCUGUCAAGGCAUUCUGCCCAGUUGGAAAUGUGCUGUCACAGGCUUCUGUUCAGAGUGGCGGCUGUGGAAGAAACUGCUUUCCAUGAAAGGCCACUCCAGACUGUUCUCUGAUGUAAGCCUGUGCUCAUCAUCUUACACAGAGGCCUACCUUCCUGCAGUACACUCAGAAAUCAAGGAGAGACUUUUACCCACCUAAGUCUUUGUAAAUGAGGACAUCUUCCUCGCUCUCUGUAACACCUUAUCUUGGUUUUGCAUUUAUUUCUUGCAUUUGUCUCUUAAUUAACUGGUCCUUUAGAGAAACUUGUACAUAUAGUUGCUUGAAAGUCAAAUUUAUUGUCCUAUGAGUUAAGAGAAAUGUAUUUCUGGAGUUGUUCCUAUGAUGUAAAUUGUGGUCAAGAUUUAAGAGGUCAAAUCCUGACCUGGAAGUGCUUUUAUACAGCCCUCUAUUAAUUAUAAAUGUGAUCCUAAAAUCAUUUCUUGGGACAUAAAAGGAAUAUGCCAAAUUUUGUAAAAGUUUCAGGUUCUGUAAGCUUCUGAGUUUUAUAGUUACAUGAUAAUGAAAUUAACUAAUGGGGUUUAUAAUUACGUACUUCUCAAAGUUUGGCCUACAUUGCUCUAUGCGUGGAUCUGGAACUGUUUCUCCUGUAAAAUCAUGGUCUAGUCCUGAGCUGUGGUGCCUCCUCUAACCCACGGCUACUCAUGUUGUUUUCCACUGUGGUUAAUGCGCUAGCAUGGCAGUGUCUAUUGGGAGCUGGGAGUUUGGGGUGUGGCUUAGUGCUUUGCAUGUAAUAUCUUACUUUAUAAUGAUGGAAUUGCUUUUUCUUUUGCCUUGUGAUUUUUUUUUUUGAAGUGAAAUUUAAUUUUUGUGUGUGUGGUGCUCUUCUGCUCAUCUGAGUGUCUUACUUGUAUCACAUUCCAUGCCCUCACUUAAUCCUUAAUAAACUGUUGACUUGUUUUCUGGGUAGCAUGGUAAUUACUGGAGUAGUAUAAAUGUGUUGAGUGGUCCUUGAGAAAUUCAUUGAGAUUACAGUAAAUCAUAAUCGCAGGAAAACAGUGGUUUUGAGUCUGAUAGUGUCGGGGUUGUGCAUAAAUGUAAAAUGUUGAAUGUUUGGAUGUGUUUGGACAUUUUAUACCAUCCAAUAUGAUGUUGGUCAUCCUAAAAAUUCAUUCAUGAAAAUCAGUCUGCUUAACUUAAUUAUAAAGAGAAUAUAUUUUUGUUUUCUAUGUCAUAAAAACAUUCUUGAUACGUUUCCAAGCUAGUCAUAUUUUUUUCUCUAAAAGAAAAAAAAGUAGUGUAUUUUAUAUUUCCAUAUGCUAAUGAUCUAUGUGUAACCAGUCCUCAGCGUUCCAUAAGAAGAGAGUGAUGGUACAAGUACCCCGAAGUCUCACUUGGAAGUCUGUUUAAACUGCUUUAUCUUCCUGCUUCACUUAAGAUGAUAUUGAAGUGUUUGCUUGCUGUUUCCUGAGUGCAUGCCCACGUAUGAUGUGAUCCAAUUGUUUGCAGGUUGAGGCAAGAAAACAUGCAAAUAAAUUUCCCAAAGCUCUUAA